AUGGCACCAACCCCCGAGCCCCUCAUCCGCCUAACCCUCCUCCUCAAGAAGCGCAACGACAUCACCCACGAGGAAUUCCACCAUCACUGGACCCAUGUCCACGGACCGCUCGUCAGUGCCUGGCUGCGCCGUCACGGGGUGAUCAGAUAUGUCCAGUACCACCAACUGCCCGAACUCCGCGCCAAAGCCACCGCCCUGUGGGAGUUCCUGGGUGCCGAUUCCAUCUCGGACUGGGAUGGUCACGUUCAGCUCUACGUGCCGUCCCUGGACUGCAUCGCCAACGCGCUCAACGACCCGUUCUACAGGGAGGUGGUCGUCCCCGACGAGGAGAAGUUUAUUUCGGCCCGGUCGUGCCAGAGGACUGUUGGGUAUGAGGAGUGCUUUAUCAAGGAUAACCGGGUGGUAGAGAGGUAG